AUGCCCUCCGAGAGUCUCGACAGCCUUAUCAUAUCUUUCUCCGACUUUCAGAGGUACAAUGGUCACCACGCCUUACACACCCUCGAACUCCCUCGUCCCCCAAAUGACCAUUCGGCCAUUCCCGUGGAUUCUAAAGCUACUCCUCGAGACAUCGCCCGAUACCUCACACAGCCUGGCACAGAUCCAAAUUCGAACAAUGGCACCAUGAAAAUCCUGCUCAUUCAAACUCAUAAUCAGUCCACAGCCAAGCGGUCUGUGAAUCUUCUGUCGAACCCAAUUCCCUCAUCCCAACAACCACCUCCGACCCAGACAUUCCAACAUCAGAAACAGGCCGAAUUUGUGAUUGAUAUCCUCAACAAUGUCGACCUUCCACUAGCCGCGUUCGGGGCAUACCUGAAAGCACACUUAACUUUUGUCUGUGUCCCCACCUUCUCCUCAUAUUCCCAAUCCAAUAAUCGUCCCAGAAAGACAACUACAGCCUACUACUGUAGCGGAACUAGUUGGUCGGUUACGUGGUGUUAUAACCGUGCAACUCGUCACACUGCAGCCGUCAUGUGGUAUCGUGAGGGUGACGGAGACCAACGAAAGAAUGAGGUACUGACGGACCUUCUUCGUCUGCAAACCCAUCUGUCUCAUCCUAUGCUCCUGGGUUAUAUCAAGACUAAGGUAUCCUUGAGCUUUACCUUCGACAUGUUGGACGAUAUGAAUCGAGAAACACUCGCUCUCGAGCAAGAAAUCGGGUUCCCCACCUGGAAUUGGGUACUCGAUCGCGUGGAAACAGGACGUGGUGUAGGUGAAACGCAAGAUCAAGCUGUCGAAGGUUUCAAUAUCCUUUCGGGCAAACUUACCAAUAUUCGGUUUCGACUCAGGACUUUCCAGCAGCAAAUCAAAUUCAUUUCGAGAUGUAAUAAUCAAUAUCGGCAGUCUCUCGACCGAUCCGCACCAUCUUAUAAAUCAGCUCGGCGUGAGUGUGAGGAACUCGACCAUUUCAUGAAUGUGAUGUGGGACUAUACAUUCAUUCAUCUGUUUGACGCCGACUCACUGGGCGAACGACUCCAUAAUGCCAUGGCCUCGGUCUUUCAACUGACGACACAACGUGAUUCACGUGCCAGUCUUGCCGUGGCUGACAUCAAUAAUGAACUCGCGUGGCAAGGGAAGAACACCAACAAGGCAAUGAGGACUAUUGCUUUCGUUUCUUUGCUCUUCCUUCCGGGGACUUUUGUCGCUUCGUUCUUUGACACUCCGAUCUUCAAUUUUGCCAUACCUGCAAAUCACAAACAGGUUAUCGUGCCCCUACCUUUCGCGAUAUACUGGACGGUGAGCAUCGUGUUGACGUUGGGUUUAGUGCUGGCAUGGGUCAGCUAUCUUCGACGGAGCAAGGAGAUGGAUCUGCGUGAACGAGAGGUUGAAAGGAAACAGUUUCACGAGAGGAUCCGGCGGAGAAUGCCGGGUGGUCCUGCGGCGAUGUUGUUAGAGGGUAGAAACGUCAGCGAGAACGGGUAUAAGGCCUUUCAGAGACGGUCCACCUGGGAAAUCUUGAUGAAGAGUCGGCCUCGUGAUGGCCACAAUGCAAGAGGUCGGAGAGUUCAAGAGGAGUUAUAUGGAAUCCCGCUCCAGCAUCCAUACGCAAGCCCAGAUGCUGGUAUCGGGUCCUUGAAAACAGCCUAUCUCAACCCCCGAGGACGCGAUGAAGGCGGCUGGCCGUCAGCAGUGUAG